AUGCCCGAGUCUGGUAAGAGCGAUAUUGAUGUCGCUUUGUCGCCAGCCCAGCUGACGGACACCAGCCUUAGGGACGUGGCGUCGCCAGGCUCUAGCGGUCUGGUGGCUGCCCCUGCCCAGCCUGACCAGCCGCACGUCACGGACUGGGGGAAAGAGAUCAAUUCAGGUCUACCACCUCGUCGUCAUAAAUAUAUGUCCUUGUUCCUCGCAGUUGCUUGCCUUAUGUGGGCUGUGCCCCGCCUCCGCACUAUUGUCCAGUCGUGCACCUUGCUAGCUGUUGUGCUAACUGAUCAUGACGCCACCAAGUAUAGGCUUUACGUGCACCAUACCAAGCGCAUCGUUCACCGAACUAACUUGCACAGUCGCGGUAAUCGCCGGCUGACCAGCGCGUCCAACUACGUGCCGCAUGACCUAAGUGGACUGCGUGCGGUCCAAGAUGAGGAGGAUGCCGCCGUAGGUGUGCUCAAGAGAUAUGACGAGCCCGCAAUUCUGGACGAGGUGUGGUUCUCCGCGUCCGGAGCCAUCAUGGAACCCCACAAAGUACUGCAAAUCCAUGGUCGCCAUCGCGACUUCGACAACUCGGCAGACAAGGUAGCCGCUGUCAAUUUCUCCCGCCCUGGCUACCCUUCGAGGUUGAUCACUGUCGCCUUUUUUACGACAGGGUCGACCGCCGCAACCGUUGCAUUUCGCACAACCUCGUCAAGUGUUGCCAUGAACCAUGACGACCAACACCACAGGGAAGUCAAUAAUAUGCUUUAA